CCGGAUUGAAUCACCUUGUUUAUUUUUCCUGAUGGCUUGUUGUGCUAAUUGACUGUUUUCUCCAAGGAAAGCCUAUCUCCCUCCUCCUUCCCCACACACAGAUUUUUCUUUUUUCUUUCUUUUUCUUUUCUUUUCUUUCCUUUUUCUUUUUUUUAGAGCGGGACUGCUCUGCAGCAGACUACGGCUUGUGGAGGGAGCUACCCGUUUCAAGGGAGAUUCCCUUACCCCUUUGAGUCUCGUCGGUUUUAUAGCUUUACUUUCUUAUUAAAACACACACACACAUACAACACAUUGAUUUCCAUCCAAAAGGGCUAAUUACAUUACUUACAGUAAAUAGCAGCCCUGCUGUCCAGGGUCUAGUGUGCCAACAGAGAAAAAAAUCCCGGCUUAUUUCACUUGAUUGACUUCAUCUUUGUGUGAAAUUGUGUUUUAUGAGCUGUAUUCUGGCACUCGGAGGAAUGUAGCAACAUUCAAUCUGCAAAUAACAUUAAUUUUAGCUACUUAAGGGGAGAGAGAAGGGAGGAAACUGGCUGCCUGAAUCUUGGGUUACAUGGAAGAGGUGACUCGAGGAGCCCCUGAGGAUGUCUCUGGGAUGCUUUGCAAAGGAAGUGGGGGCUGGGGUACUUCUUUCACUGGUCGCGCUAGGGUUUGGUGCGGAGCGUCCCCCAGGGAACGAGGAGAGCAGGACUGCCGCCAGGAAGAUCCUUCAGUAGGGAUCGAGGUGUCAGGAAACAGCCGGCAGCUGUUCCAGGGAAAGGCAAGAAAGAGUGGUGUGAAAACCAUGCUUUUCCACGGGAUCUCCGGAGGCCAUAUCCAAGGAAUCAUGGAGGAGAUGGAGAGGAGAUCCAAGACUGAGUCCCGCCUGGCCAAAGGGGGACAGAUGAACGGCCGGGAAACGAACAUGCCCCCCAUGAGCCCCGAGAAGCCUGCUUUGUGUGCUGGUUGUGGAGGGAAGAUCUCAGACAGAUAUUACCUGCUGGCUGUUGACAAACAAUGGCACCUCAGGUGUCUUAAGUGCUGUGAAUGUAAACUGGCUUUGGAGUCAGAACUCACCUGCUUUGCCAAGGACGGCAGUAUUUACUGCAAGGAGGAUUACUACAGAAGGUUCUCCGUGCAGAGAUGUGCCCGCUGCCACCUUGGGAUCUCAGCCUCUGAAAUGGUCAUGAGAGCCAGGGAGUCAGUUUAUCACCUGAGCUGCUUCACCUGCACCACCUGCAACAAGACUCUGACCACAGGCGAUCACUUCGGCAUGAAGGACAACCUGGUUUACUGCAGGGCCCACUUCGAGUCCCUUUUGCAAGGAGAAUAUCCCCCUCAGCUGAGCUACACUGAGCUGGCUGCCAAGAGCGGAGGGCUGGCCCUGCCUUACUUCAACGGCACUGGCACAGUCCAGAAGGGGAGGCCCAGGAAACGAAAGAGCCCUGCCUUAGGAGUGGACAUCGUCAACUACAACUCAGGUUGUAAUGAGAAUGAGGCAGAUCACCUGGACAGAGAUCAGCAGCCUUAUCCCCCAUCCCAGAAGACCAAGCGCAUGCGCACCUCCUUCAAACACCACCAGCUUCGUACCAUGAAGUCCUACUUUGCUAUCAACCACAAUCCGGAUGCCAAGGACCUCAAGCAGCUUGCCCAGAAAACGGGCCUGACCAAGAGAGUUCUGCAGGUUUGGUUUCAAAACGCAAGAGCCAAAUUCAGAAGGAACCUUUUGCGGCAGGAGAAUGGGGGUGUCGAUAAAGCUGAUGGCACAUCACUUCCGGCACCGCCCUCAGCAGACAGCGGCGCUCUCACUCCACCCGGCACUGCGACCACUUUAACAGACCUGACCAAUCCCACUAUCACUGUAGUGACAUCAGUGACCUCUAACUUGGACAGCCACGAAUCCGGGAGCCCCUCACAAACUACCUUAACGAACCUUUUCUAACAUUUGAUUUUUUUUAUUCUUACUCUUCUUCUUUAUUAUUAUUAUUAUUAUUUUCAAGCCUUUUUUUUAAAAAAAAACAAACCCACAAAAUAUUUGGGAAAAUAAACAGCUUGAUGUGUAGCAUCUGCAGCCACUUGGCAAAUGAGUUUGAAGUAAUAUGUCGCUAUAAUAAAUGAACAUUUAUUGUUGAUAAAUUGUAUUCACAUUUUUUUAAGUCAUCAGAUAACUGAAGAGAAGGUUAUGAAUCAUUCUAAUAAGUGCCUCUUAAAAUUGUAUGUUACUUAUUUCCAGAAUCUUGAAAAAAAAUAAUUCUACCACAGAAAAAUAGAAAUCUCUUUUCUCACUCUGACAACCAGAUAAAAUUCAUUUUAAUUAAAGCCAAAAGAAUGCUGCUUCAGGAUUUUAUGCUCACUUACGGCAUUUAAGAACUCUAAUUUUCAUUUUAUUUUUAUAAUGCAUGUUAAAGUUUUUUUUAAAAAAGAAAUACACAAUGAAUUGCAUUAAUAAUUGAAAUAGUCAGACUGCAAAUGCCGGUGCUUUUUUUAUAAUGUAUUAGUCCCAAGCCUGACCCUUCUUGCACCCUGGGAAUUGCCACUGGUCUAGACAAAUGCUCCUCUGCCAGUUGCUCACCCAGCUGGAAUGUCCUCGGACACCACUGAAAACCGUGCCGGCAUGGAGGGCUUGGAGGGGGCUCCCCUGGGAGUGGCGUGUGGGUAAGGACUACAGGAUCAGGCGAAUUUGCCUUUUGUACAUUAAGGAGGCAAGAUCUGGAAACUGCCCUCCCAAAUGAGCUUAAUCCUAUAAGGAUAUUACAAAAGUAAUAACAACAGAAAAACUACUCAGGUGGGGAGUCCCAUUGAUUUAAAAAUCUUGCGAAGAGAGGGUUUUUCGUUUUUCUCUGCCAAACAACACUGAUUUGGAAUUUAAAAAAACAAGCAAGUUCACUAAAUGGCCCUGAUGCUGUACCAUUAAAGCAAAAAGGAAGCUGGCCACCUACAUUAGUGAGCACAAAAACAAUUUCUAAGAACACAUACGCAUAUGAAUUGUUAAAAUGAGUUUUUGAUGAAUCAUACUUUUUUCAGGGAAGAUGGAAAUAAGCAAAAUACAAUUUAUUAAGAUGUUUAAGGAAAAUGAUUUUAGUACAAUUUAUUCAUUACUAUUUUCAUUUGACUUUAGAUGUUGCCUGAGAUUGUAUCAGAUGCUUCAUUUAAUAAAUGAAUUAAAAACUUUAGUUCAUUAAUAUUUCUAAUACAUACUUUAGCUUUUUCAGCUUUGUAUAAAAGAAAAAAGUGUUAGUAAAAAAUUAUUGCAAAAUUGGGAAUUGGCGGUGAUUAAUUUUAAAGCAGAUAAACUCAGAAGCCUUGUGGAUGCUGAUCUGAAUACAUUUCUUAGUUUACAGUAAUGACCUUUCUUUUUUUAAUUUUAUUUAAGCUAAAAGUCUGAAUGGUCUGGGCAGUGGUGAAUGUUCAUUUGUAUCCUUUUAUUGUAGUUAAACACCAAUUAGAUUGUGGAGAGUCUCAGAAACAAAAGCAAACAAAAACCAGUCAAGAUCUAUGUCUUGCUCUUAGUGGAUUGUUAAGAAUAACUUUGCACAUAUACCCCACUUUUUAGACACCAUCAAAUCUCUUAUUUGGUGGUCAAAGUGGCUAUUUAAUAUAUUUUAAAGGUGUCCUUUCUGGCUGUAUAAAUGUGUGGUUACAUAUUGACAGUUCACUGCCCACAUUAAAGUGCAUUAUUGUAAUUUUUGCUCAGGGUUUUUAGAAAAUUAGCACAGAAAAGUAGCUUAUUUUUAAAAAAAAGAUGAUGGGAGAGAUGUUAACACUGUAAUAGAAGAAAGGUGUGUUUGCCAUUAUAUAUUUAGCAAGUAUGGUUAUCAUCUUCUAUGGAUAUUAAAUCUUGACUUUUCCUAUUUCUAUUACCUUAUGGGCAUUUACCACUAACCAGACCAAACAACCUUGGUAAGGCUGAGAUCUUUAUUAAUACACUUCUACAGGUAAAAAUAUUGAUACUUAUAAAUUUUGUUCUUUGACAGAACAAUAUAUGGUACUAGAGAUCUACUUUAUUAAGUAGACUAAUUAAAACUCAGUUCUACUAUGUGCCUUAUGAUAUACCUUGGGAGUAAGUUUGUGAAAAAUCAGGAUAUAUGUGUUGUUUGUUAAAUUAACUGUUUUAAGCCCUUUUGACACCUCACUAGUUUUGUACUGUUUUACCUCUUAUUUCUGAAACUCUUUUUAUGGUGUAUCCUGUUAGAGGGGACAAACAUGUCAUAGAAAGCAGUUGUGCACUCUUUCAGAUAUAGUUGAUAAAUCCAAUAAUCUUAUAUAUUGAGCUUCGUGUUUAUAGUACAGUAAGUGGUCUAGCAAAAUUGUCCAUGUUUCUUUGUUUAUUGAUAAAUGCAUUGUAUAGAAACUAUUUCCCCUAAAUAUUUAUGGACCAAACAAUUGUGAUAUAUCCUAUUAAAUUUGUGUGAAUAAACCAUUUUGAAUCUAA